AUGAAAUUGAAGUUUAUAGAUUGCAGUAGUCUGAACGAAAUCUUUUUACUUCAAGUUUCAAGUGAUGAGGUCAAACUAACUUCAUUUUCCGAUGAAGCUUUAUUACAGUUGGCGCGGAUCGAUCCAAAUACCACACAGCUGGCAAGGGAUGACGGCCUGAUUGAAACAACCAAAUCAGCUACCCAUCUUAAGCCCAUUUCAAUAAAAAUAAAGCCCAUGCGUCUCAAGUCUAAAAUAAAGCCCAUUUCACUCCAAGUCCACAAGGUCGCG